AUAAUGUAAGAGGAAUUUGAUAUUGAAGUUAAUUUUGAAUAAAAUAGUUCCAUGACCUUUGAAAUGUUUUAAUACUAAAUUAUUAUUAGAGGAUCAAAUAGUGUUAGAUUUCCAAAAGCAGGAAUUAAAAUUAAUAAUGAAGGAUUAACAUCAACAAAUGGAGAAUAAAUACAAAAUACAUAAGAAUCUAUUAUACAUUAGUAAAUUAAAAUUGGAGAUGUUAUUGGAUAAGGAGUAUCCAGCUAUGUUUGUAGAGGAUACUAUAUACAUUAAAAUUGUUAAGUAGCUUUAAAGGUUUAAUCUUAAUCUUAUUUAUAUCAGAUAAUUAAUGUUUUUGAUAAGGAUAAGAGACAUUAGAUGUUGAAUGAUUUAAGUACAUUAUUGAAUGGUUGUGAAUGUGAAUAAUUGAUCAAAUUUUAUGGUGCAUAUUAUGAAGAAGGUAGCUCUAUGAAUUGAUUUUUGAGGAACUAUAAGAUUGGUACUUGAAUAUAUGGAUCAAGGAUCAUUGCGUAACAUAAUCCAAUAAAUCUAUAAGAAUAAUUUAGUUGAAUUAAUGAAUGAAUAAAUAAUUGCCACGAUAACUUAUAAUAUUCUAAUGGGAUUAUAAUAUUUACAUUAAUAGAAGCAUUAACUUCAUAGAGAUAUUAAACCAGAAAAUAUUCUCAUAAAUAGUUCAGGUUAAAUAAAAGUGACUGAUUUUGGAAUCAGUAAAUAAUUAGAAAAUACUAUAGCAAUUGCACGAACAUUUGUAGGGACUCUAAUGUAUAUGUAAGAGUGAAAAAUGACUGAUUUAGGUCUCCAGAAAGAACAGAAGGAAAGAAUUAUUCAUAUGCAUCAGACAUAUGGUCUUUGGGAUUGAUUAUUUAUGAAAUGGCAACUGGUAAACAUCCAUAUUCUGUAUAAAAUAAGUAAAUGACUUAUAUCUAAAUGAUUUAAAAUAUUUUGAAAUCAGAAUCACCGAAAUUGGAUAAUUAUCCAUAUAGUUUAGAGAUGAAAGAUUUUGUAAAUAUUUGGUAGAAUUUAAUAUUGAUUUUAGUUUGAAUAAGGAUUAAAACAAGAGAUUAGAUGCAUCUACUUUAUUAUAGCAUAACUGGAUUAUAAAAAAUGCUUAAGAUGGACAAUAUGUAUAGAAGUGGAUCAUAUAGAAGGAUCAAAAGUUACAGUUAAUCCAAUAAUAAUGA